AGUCAGACAGUGUACGCUUGACAGAGGUGCACGCCGAUGUUACUCACCGAAUGUGUUUCUGAAUCGCUGACACCAACAGCGUCGCUUUAUCUCCCCCCUCAUCUCCAUUUCUUUUUAGCCCAAUGAUCCAGUUUUUGGGAAACUAAAGGUUAGUUGUUGUUUUUUUUUUCCGGUGCGCUUCGAUCGUGUGACGUUGUUCAAACAGGGACAGCAAAGGUUUUGGCGAGCACGGCAACUGGAGUCCUGGAAGAGGGGAGGAUUUUCCAAGAACCGGUUUCCCUGUCGGUUUGGUUGGAGUUUGACUGCUGUCAUGUACAGUUAGUUGACAAUUUACAUGUUCAAGGGAAAGGGGAGAGUGAGCUUAUGCUUCCUUUCAUCCUUCUCGCCGGACAUCUAUGGAGAGGGGGUCCUGUAUGCUCUCACGCAGCUACUUGGAGUUACUUGGGGCCGACGCAGCACCGAUAGUGUUGAUUUUACCGACCUGGAUAGCAGAAGACGACACACAUAACCUCAUUUGAAUGCCUUUGCAAGGAGUCUGCUGGUUUCUGUGCUGCAGGCAGGGCUUCAGUUUGCUCGGACGGGACUAUGGGGAGAAAGAGGAGGAAGAGUCUUUUGAAUUGCGCAACAAGGAGGACUUGACUCCCAAUGGACGGAGUCCAGCUGAGGUGACUGUUUCUCAACCGACUCGCACAGCCAACGGAACAAACGGACACACUGUCCCAGAGGGCUCUGAAGAGAUGAAGAGCCUGAUCAUUGAAAAGAAUAAGAUGGGCCUGGAGGAAGAGUCUGAGCUGCUGGUCAAAGGAUGGCUGCUACGGGAGGUGAGAGGCAACUGGAUCAAGCAGCGCCGGUACUGGUUCGUGCUGAGCCAGGACUCCCUGGACUACUACAGUGGACCAGAGAAAGGGGCCCGCAGACUGGGAACACUGGUCCUCACCAACCUCUGCUCUGUCAUCUGGCCAGACAAGCAGACGUACAAGGAGACGGGCCACUGGAGUAUCACUGUGUAUGGGAGGAAGCACUGCUACAGGUUGUACACCAAGCACUUCAACGAGGCGGUGCACUGGGCAUGUGCCGUCCAGAAAAUCAUCGAUACCAAAGCACCAGUGGAAACGCCAACGCAGCUCCUGAUUCGAGACAUCGAGGAGAAUAAGUUCAACCCUGAAGUAGUCGAGCACAUCUACCAGCACAAUCCUGUCCUGAAGUACACCCAGGGCCCCCUGUAUGCUCCUCUCCUGCCCUUCCCUUACGGCAGCCUGGAGCACACAUACCACAGCGGGAAAGGCUACGGCUCGGUGCGUGAGGAGGCCGUGAAGCUCUUUAACUGCCUGCAGCAGUUGGAGUCGGCACGAGAGCCGGUUUCCAUCAUCCAGGGCGUGCUGCAGACCUGCUUAGACCUGCGGCCCCUCCGAGACGAAGUCUACUGCCAGCUCGUGAAGCAGACCAGCUACACGCCUGCCCCGUACACUGCAGCGCACCUCCGCUACUGGCAGCUGCUCACCUGCAUGAGCUGCACCUUCCUGCCCGGGCCGAUAGUGCUCAAGUACCUUCGAUUCCACCUCAAGAGGAUCCAGAGCCAAAGUCCCGAGUCGGAGAUGGAUAACUAUGCGUCAUUCAUCAGCGAGGCUCUGGAGAAGACCAAGUGUCGGGAGUGUGUGCCAUCCUGGGAGGAGAUCCAGAUGCUGAUGAGCCGUCAGGAGAUGCUGUGCACUGUGCACUACCCUGGUCCUGGAUCCUGCCAGCUCUACAUUAGCUCACACACGACUGCCAAUGAGGUGGUUCGAAGGAUGCAGGAGAAGCUCAGCCUGCAAGAAAGCAAAAACACGUUUGCACUGUACGAGCAGAACGCACUGUGGGAGCAGCCGAUCGCAGGCGGCACUCUGAUCGCAGACAUCCUGACCAGCCUCUCCUCCAAGGAGUCAGAGUCUAAAUCCCAGUGGAAACUCGUCUUCAAGCUCUACUGCCUGUUGGAUGCUGACAGCAUAUCAGUGGACAGCAUUGAGUAUCUCCUCCUCUUUGAGCAGUGUCAUGAGAUGGUGGUGCGUGGCCAGCUACCAGCCUGUGAAGAGGACCUGCAAGCCUUAGCUUCCCUGAGGCUUCAAUGUCUAAUGGGUGACUUCAGCACACACGCCCCAUGCCCGCCCCUCGACGAGCUUUUCCCAGGUCACAUGCUCGAAGCCAGAGUCCUCAUGUCCCUGUCUGCACCCCAAGCCCUGCCUGCAUGCCAAGUGGCGGCACAGGGCUGUCCUGCCACACAGCGCUUCCUGCAGGGAACGCUGUGGAGCCACACGGCUACAGCGGCACACAAGCAAAAAGUGGAGCUGGACAUGCGUCUGCGGAGCCGGCUGAAGGAGGAGGCAGCGGCCGUCAUGGGAUCAAUCUUGGAGCGUUGGAAAGGUCUGGUUGGCUACAGCCGCAGGGACAGUAUGGCUGCUUACCUCACAAUUGCACGACAGUGGUCAGGCUUCGGAUGCACUCUGUAUGAGGUGGACUUUUACAUUAGUUCAACAGGGAGUUUUUCCCAGAAGCUGUGGUUGGGUGUAGCUGCUACAUCCGUGUCUCUGUAUCGGCAGGGAGAGGCAGAUGCCCUGGAGUCCUUCCCCUAUGGCCAGAUCUGUUCCUAUGGGGUAUCUGAUAGCAACACUUUCAAGAUCACAGCUGGGGAUCGGGAUCUGAUGUUUGAAACCACCAAGCUAACUGAGAUCAUGCAGCUGAUGAAUGCGUACUUCAGUGCCAUCCGUCGACAGCGAGGGAAAGGGGAAGACGCUGACAUCACCAUGGUUUCCAGGCCGACGCCCACCCUUCUGGAGCUGCCCUCGCACCCUGUCUGAGUGGGACCCAUACCCUGGACAUUCCCUUUUAACCCACCCCCCCCCCCCCACCCCCGCCAUCGUCCUCCACGUUGCCCCUUGUGAGGCCCAGGCCCGGUCCUCCGGACGCCACGCCUACUCCACUGGGAACGGCACGGCAGCCAAAACAAAGAGCGGGCUGUUUUCACUCCCCAUCCAUGAAAAUAAACCUUCGCUGAGCUUUCCAGCUGAAGGAACUGGCUGCUGGAGGACGGGUGUGUGGGGGUCAGGGAGGGGAGGGGAGAGGAGAGGAGAGGAGGGGACGGAAAGGCAAGGCAAGGGGGUUCUGUUUUGCGAGUGAGGCCCGAAACCCACAGAAACCAAUGUGGUUACUGAUGAGCUGUCACAUACCCUCCACACCAUCCUGUCAUGCAACCACCUCUGUUACCCUACAUGGAAAGCCCCCGCCGCCCCCCCCCCCACCCA